AUGGAUCAUGUGCUGAACAUAGCUGACUAUUACUUUUUCACUCCUUAUGUUUACCCGCUCUCAUGGCCCGAGAACUGGGCUGUGCGUCAGAUUAUCAGCCUGUGGGUAGUAACCAACCUGGGAGCAUGGCUGGUUUACCUGGGCUUUGGCGCUCUUAACUUCUACUAUGUGUUUGACCAUAUACUCAUGAAGCAUCCACAGUUUAUUGAGCAUCAAGUAAGAAAGGAGAUCCAGUUGGGAACUGUCUCCAUCUUCUGGAUGAGUUUUCCCACUGUAGCACUUUUCUUCUGGGAGGUCAGGGGACACAGCAAACUCUAUGACAACAUCAGAGAAACUUCCCUGGGCUGGCCAGGAUUGUUCCUCAGCAUCGCUGGUUUCUUGUUAUUUACUGACAUGUGUAUUUAUUGGAUUCACCGCUCCAUGCACCAUCAGAGCAUUUACAAGCACUUACAUAAGCAGCACCAUACAUUCAAGAUCCCAACACCAUUUGCCAGCCAUGCCUUCCACCCACUCGAUGGCUUCCUGCAGAGCUUACCGUACCACAUCUACCCUUUCAUCUUCCCUCUCCACAAGGUGGUUUACCUCUCCCUCUUUGUCUUUGUCAACAUCUGGACCAUUUCCAUCCAUGACGGAGACUACCGCCUUCCAGGCCCGCUGAUAUUUCUGAUCAAUGGUGCUGCUCACCAUGUAGAUCAUCACCUGUACUUCAACUAUAAUUAUGGACAAUACUUCACACUCUGGGAUCGCCUGGGGGGCUCCUACCGACACCCAUCAGCACUCCUGGGGAAGGGGCCGCAUGACCAGAUUCUCAAGCUCAUGGCAGAGGCAGCACAGACACAAUGA